CGACGCGAGCGUCGGUCUCCCUCACGUCGCCGCAGAAGUCUCGCAUCGACUUCCGCAUUAGUCGCCACCGAACGCGGUAAAAGCGUCAGAGUUAGUUCGCGCCAUGGAGGUUGCCGACAUUGCCAUCAAGCCCGUGCGCGACUUCGCCAAGGAUUCCAUCCGCCUGCUGAACAAGUGCACCAAGCCCGACCGCAAGGAGUUCGGCAAGGUUGCGCUGCGCACCGGCCUGGGGUUCAUCGUCAUGGGGUUCGUGGGUUUCUUCGUCAAGCUCAUCUUGUGAGUGUUCCCCCCCGCUCGCGCCCCGACGUCGUCGCACAUUCAUUUCCAUCGAACGAUCGCCGGUGAUCCGCCCCCCCGCGUCCCGUCUCGGGAGCCCCGGGGCCCGGCCCGAUCGAGGGCGUCGCGGGCGAUGCCUCGGGUCGCCCGCGGCCGGAUCUCGACGCGGCGGGUGACCUUUGCGUGCGAGGAUGCGCCGCCGCGAUGGAUAUCGCGGCAUCGCGCAGCCGCGCGCGUGAUCGCGCGCGCCCUCGCCGCGGAAGCCCGAGGCUCAAUUUCCCAACCUCCCCCGGUUUCCUCCUCCCGGGCUUUUUUCUCCCGUCGCUGACGUCGCCCUCCCCCCGCCUCGCCCUCGCAGCAUUCCCAUCAACAACAUCAUCCUCGCCGCGUGAGACGUGUUGACGUAGUCGAGCCUUUGUAAUACCCCUCAGGCACCGUAGUAGUUGACGCGAGU